GCUCAGCUUCCGGUUCUGCCUGUUCCGGCGCACGUAAUCGCCGGGUGCACGUGCAUCCACUUAGUUAAGAGUUGCAGGGAGCAGUAGCGAUGGACGCUCUGGAUCGAGUUGUAAAGCCCAGAACGAAAAGAGCCAAGAGAUUCCUUGAGAAGAGAGAACCGAAACUCAAUGAAAAUAUUAAAAAUGCCAUGCUGAUUAAAGGGGGAAAUGCAAAUGCAACAGUGACACAAAUACUUAAAGAUGUGUAUGCACUGAAAAAACCAUAUGGUGUACUGUAUAAAAAGAAAAAUAUUACAAGACCUUUUGAGGAUCAGACAUCACUGGAAUUCUUUUCAAAGAAGUCAGAUUGUUCUUUAUUCAUGUUUGGCUCCCAUAAUAAGAAGCGGCCAAAUAAUCUAGUAAUAGGUCGUUUGUAUGACCACCAUGUGCUGGAUAUGAUUGAAUUAGGUAUUGAGAAUUUCAUCUCUCUAAAAGACAUUAAGAACAGUAAAUGUCCUGAGGGAACAAAACCCAUGCUAAUAUUUGCUGGUGAUGAUUUUGAUGUAACAGAAGAUUAUAGAAGACUAAAAAGUCUUCUUAUUGAUUUCUUCAGAGGCCCCACAGUAUCAAAUAUCCGCCUGGCUGGGUUAGAGUAUGUUCUGCACUUCACUGCACUGAAUGGGAAGAUUUACUUUCGAAGCUAUAAGUUGCUGUUGAAGAAAUCUGGUUGCAGAACACCACGGAUUGAAUUGGAAGAGAUGGGACCCUCAUUGGAUCUGGUUCUGAGGAGGACACACCUGGCAUCAGAUGACCUUUAUAAAUUAUCUAUGAAAAUGCCAAAAGCUCUCAAGCCAAAGAAGAAGAAAAAUAUCUCCCAUGAUACUUUUGGUACAACUUAUGGAAGGAUUCAUAUGCAGAAGCAAGACCUAAGCAAACUACAAACCAGGAAAAUGAAGGGGUUGAAGAAGCGACCUGCAGAAAGGAUAACAGAAGACCAGGAGAAAAAGUCAAAAAGAGUUAAAAAAAAUUGAUGGAACUUAGCCAGCCACUACUGUUUCAUUGUGUUCUACUUAAGAGAAUUAUCAAGCAUCAAUCCAUUCAGUUUCUUAUGAGAUCUUAUUAUAUAUUUUUAUAACAUGAUAAUUUUACAAUAUUAUGAACAGUAAUAUACUAGUA